AUGGCAAGUUAUACUCUCCAGGAAUACACUGACAUGAUUAUCAUGUACGGUGUAGCUAGAGAAUGCGGUUUUGCCGCCGCCCGCCUUUACGCGGAACGCUUUCCCGCGCGCGAAAGACAUCCCGACUCAAACGUUAUUUUGAGAUGUGUUCGACGAUUUCGGGAAACGGGAUCAGUGUUGCGAACUGGGCAAUAUGCUGGAGAUGGAAUGCAUAUUGACGUGGCAGAUGAAGAAAGAAUUCUGCAAGCAAUCGAAGAAAACCCCAGAAGCAGCACACGUGGUAUCGCUCAUGCCCUCGGUCUCUCCCGAUAUGCGGUGCGAAUCACUUUACGCCGCAACGGAUUGCGUCCGUAUCAUUUACAACGGGAGUAUGUGUUUUAG